CUCGGGCUCGCUGGCUCGGUACCACUUCUGGCUAGGGACAGGGCGAGAAUGGCCAGACUGCCACCAGGACCAUUGUCCUCCUGCGCGUGCCAGGGGACUGCUGGCCUCUGAGGUCAUCGGGCCCACUGUCAGAACCUGGGCAAGGCUUAUCACCACUUGUUCAGCCUGUCAUGCCUGCCAUAUGCCUGCCCUGCGUUGCGUUGCGUUGCACCUACAUGGCAGUGCAGCCCAGAAGAUAGACUUUUCUCGACGGCAGGGCAAUCCUGCUUCUAUUCGCCGGGGCCUGCUGCUUCUGGCCCACCUCCACAAUUUUUGCAUCUCCAGAAUUCCAGAUCGAGGCCAUCCCUUGCAUCGCUCUGCUUUGACGGUCCCGGCUGUUAGUAGUGGUUCUCAAGAGUCCCGGGGGCCCGGAUUUCUCCCACCAACCACCCUCGCCCUCAACAAGUCGCUGCCAUUGUCGUCAUUGUUUAUUCUUCCUUCCCCUCCAGCCCUCCCCUCCCCUUCCCACCCUCUUCCCCUCAACGCCUCUCUUGUGUGGAAUUCGGCACCACCUCUGCACUUCCCCCUCGCCCCCGUCGACGACCCUGCGUCAUCCACUCGUUUGAUACUGAUCAACCGACGGCCCAGAUGGCACGCUGACCACUCCGUCCUGGGAACGAAGCGAAGCGACCCGACCCGACUCGACCCGACCAUCUCUAACUGGACCAAACCAUAUCCGCGGGACGUCGGUUGGCUGAGCGACAGGGAGCCUCCUCUGUCCUGCUUCUGCCCUCCAAGUACCGCGUCUGCGAGUCGCGAAAGAGGGGCACCGGGGACAAAAUUCGCUCUUAGACGGAACAUCACCCCCGACGAUCCUUGUUGUGCCUGUCCCGCGGGCCCGACCUGCAUCUGCUCGUGUGAUAGAGUCUCGCGUUUCUCGCCUCGCUUGGUGGAACGAAACAGGUCGAUUGCCCCGUGCUGGGCACACAGCUAACCGGCACGAAGCACAUCAUGCAGCACGUACCGGCGACCACGCGUUUCGUGGUUAGGCAAGCGGCGGACGAUGACCCGGCCAAGAAGCUGCUCGACCUGAUAUCGGAUCCCUUCUCCAGCGAGCUCGCUACCUCCUCCGUCUGGGCCUCCCUGGCCUCGUCUCUGGGCGUCACCGCCGCUGUCGUCCUGCUGUUCUCUUUCUUCCGCCCAUAUCAUACCGUCGUGUACGCGCCAAAAUUAAAGCAUGCCGACGAAAACCGGGCACCACCCCCGCUGGGCAAGGGCCCAUUCUCUUGGAUUCCUCCAUUAUGGCAGACCACCGAGAAGGAUGUGAUCCGGAUGGCCGGGUUGGACGCCGCAAUCUUCUUGCGGUUCAUCAACAUGCUGCGCAACAUGUUUGUCAUCAUGUCUGUCAUAGGCUGUGCGAUCCUGGUUCCGGUCAAUUAUACCCAGUCUAUCCGAUUCGACAGCGACACAUGGCUCAUGCGUUUGACUCCUUCCAACGUUUGGAACACCGCGCAAUGGGCUACCGUCUUGUGCGCCUGGCUGUUCAACAUCGUCGUGCUUGGCCUGUUGUGGUGGAACUAUAGGAAGGUUCUGCACUUGCGUCGAGAAUACUUCGAAAGCCCGGAAUAUCAACAGAGCCUGCACUCUAGGACUCUCAUGCUUUAUGACAUACCCAAAAAACUAUCGUCGGAUGAAGGAAUCGCCAGGCUCAUCGAUAUGGUUGCUCCCAAUUCGUCCUUCUCAAGGACUGCUAUUGCGCGCGAUGUGAAAAUCCUGCCCAAGCUUGUGGCACAGCACGAGAAAUGUGUGCGAAAGUUGGAGCAGGUCUUGUCCAAGUACCUCAAGGAUCCUCACAAUCUCCCGGCCGCGCGGCCGGUCUGCUCGCCUUCCAAAAGUGACCCGUCUUACUCCACCUACCCCAAGGGGCAAAAGGUCGACGCGAUCGAGUACCUUACCCAGAGGAUCAAGACACUGGAGUAUGAGAUCAAGGAAGUGAGGACAAGCGUGGACAAGCGCAACACGAGACCCUUUGGGUUUGCCUCUUAUUCCGACAUCAGUGAGGCACACGCAAUCGCAUACGCAGCACGGAAGAAGAAGCCCGAAGGCGCCAUCAUCAAGCUUGCCCCUCGACCGAGCGACGUCAUCUGGGACAACAUGCCCUUGAGUGCCGCGACUCGUGCCAGGAAGAAGGUGUUCAUAAGCCUGUGGAUCGCCCUGUUGACCCUCGUGUGGGUUGCGCCCAAUGCCAUGAUCGCCAUUUUCUUGGUAAACCUUAGCAAUCUCGGCUCCGUCUGGCAUGGCUUCCAGAUCUCACUCGAGACCAGCCCUGUGUUUUGGUCUAUCGUACAGGGUAUCGCAUCACCGGCGAUCACGUCGCUGGUUUACCUGCUACUGCCCAUCAUUUUCCGCCGGCUGUCAAUGAGGGGCGGUGACCAGACCAAGUCCGGCCGAGAACGUCAUGUCAUCGGCAAGCUGUUCAGCUUCUUCAUCUUCAACAACUUGAUCGUCUUCUCACUGUUCAGUGGCAUGUGGACCUUUGUUGCCAACGUGACGGAAGAAGCCAGGAAAGGCACCGACGCGUGGACGGCAAUUUUGAAGCAGGAUUUCGGAGGCUCCGUUCUGAUUGCCCUUUGCAGGAUCUCGCCCUACUGGGUGACCUAUCUCCUGCAGCGCCAACUCAGUACGGCCGUCGAUCUGGCACAGCUCUGGAGCCUCAUUUACAGUUUUUUCAUGCGGAAGUUGGGGUCCCCAACGCCGCGGGAGAUGAUCGAACUCACUGCCCCGCAAUCGUUUGAGUAUGCCAGCUACUUCAACUACUGUCUCUAUUAUGCCACCGUCGCCCUGUCCUACAGCGUUAUUCAACCACUGGUCCUGCCCAGCGUGGCUUUGUUCUUCGCUAUCGACUGCGUUUUGAAGAAAUAUCUGCUUAUGUACGUCUUCAUCACGAAGAACGAGAGCGGCGGUAUGUCGUGGCGGGUCGUUUUCAACCGCCUCAUCUUUGCAGUCAUCCUGUCCAACCUCGUCACGUUCCUGGUGGCGUUUAUGCGAAGCACCUAUACACAGGCCUAUGCUGUGGUGCCACUGCCCUUCAUCGCGAUUGGCUUCAAGAUCUACUGCGCCAAGGCCUUUGACAACAAGAUACAUUACUACUCGACCCGAUUCGUUCCUCGUGGCCCCGAGCCGGAAGUCGGCAUCGCGAACAAGGAGAACCUCAAAAAUGAUCGCCUCGCGUCGAAGUUUGGCCACCCUGUUCUUUACAAGUCUCUCAUAACGCCUAUGGUCCAUGCGAAGGCGCAAAACAUUCUUGCGAGCGUGUACCAAGGCCGACUCAGCGAUGGACGUGAGACGGGGGCGGCAGAAGGCACAAGUGUCUCUGGAUAUAGCGACACAUACGCUCUUGAUCAUAUGCGUGCGGGCCGGCCAGGCAAGGCAGCUGGGAGCGGUCUGUCUGGUUUUGAGAUUGUACCAGAGGGUAAGCUCGACUUUGAGUACUACAAGAAUCGCAGCGAAUUCGCCGAAGACCAUGGCCAGGGUGACCUUUUCGGCAACCCUAGGGACAUGAUGCGACCAGGCACGCCUUCGAGCAUGUUCGGCGGGUCAGACACGGAUUCCAGGCCCGGCACACCCACAGGGGGCAUGAUGUUCAGCGGGAGCAAAGGGGGAUUCGCGUCAACAUCAGUUAGUGGCGUUGGAGGUGACGGAAUGGGGCCUGGGCCUGGAUACACCAGUCCUUCGGCUCAGUAUUCGCCAAGGGCGGCACCGUUCGGCUCGCCAGCUAUGGACUACCCAUCAAGAACACGGUCCCCAUACGGCCUUGUCUCAGGCAACGACUCCAUGUCAAACCUGGUUCAGUCAGCAGCACCGAUAGCAUCACCAACGGUCGGUUAUUACCCCAACGAUGCUGGCUCUAGAAGCGCCAGUAUCGACCACGGCACCACCAGUUUUGACCGGCCCAGGGCAGCAGCACCUGGUUCCUUAGGCGGUGGGCCUCAGGGAUACGGGAACCUGCCUCAGGCCGAGCCGGAGUACGAAGACCCCAUGAGCUAUAAUUACUUCCGAGGAGGGACCGGAAGGUCGAGAUAUAAUGGUGGCAGUUAAGAAGAAGCAAUGCGGUCGCGACAUAAAGGAAGGCCCGGGAAGAUCCCGGCGGGAUGGAAACUCAACUGGAAGGAGGAGGUCUGUUUCACAUACACAGACAGAUUUGCAUUGGCUUGGCGUAGCGGUUGACGAAUAAUGAUUGGGUAAUCCUGUAUCGGAGCGGGAUUGGGUUAUAGAAUAGAAGAGCUUCAAGAUUUGUCCCUGGCAGGGAGCUGGUUGCAUACACUGUGCCACUGUGUGGUAAUAAACACGCAAAGCUGCGGAAACCAUUUACUUGCGGAGAAGAUUCCGUCCCUUGCAA